GCACCCGUCUCAGGCUCCGCUGCCCUGGCGGGGCCGCGCAGUAAAGCGGAGCGAGUGGGCGGGGCCUCGGCAUCUCCUCCAUCCCCAGGGCUGCGGACCGCAGGGAUGUUCCCGGCUCAGGAGGAGGCUGACAGGACCGUGUUUGUGGGCAAUUUAGAGGCCCGAGUGCGGGAAGAGAUUCUUUACGAGCUGUUCCUUCAGGCCGGACCACUAACAAAAGUGACUCUUUGCAAAGAUAGAGAUGGAAAGCCGAAGUCCUUUGGGUUUGUCUGCUUCAAGCAUCCUGAAUCUGUGUCUUAUGCCAUUGCUUUGCUGAAUGGAAUUCGUUUGUAUGGAAGACCAAUUAAUGUGCAAUAUAGGUUUGGUAGUUCUCGCUCUUAUGAACCAGCUAGCCACAGUUUUGAGAGCUGUGUUAAGAUAAACUCACACAGCUUCAGGAAUGAGGAGAUGGUGGGCAGAUCUUCGUUUCCCAUGCAGUUUUUCCCAGUUAUGAACCCUGCUUUGCCUCAAGAAUAUUUUUUCUUUCAGAAAAUACACUGGCACACACACAGUCCAAUGCUUCAGCCUCCUUUCUGUGACGUGACGCCUUCACUCCCCAACAGUGCGUCUGGGUCUUGCUCCUUAGACCACGCUCCAGACCUCAAGGCCGGGCCCAGCUCUUAUGAAUGGACCCACCAGCAACCAAGUGACCCUGACCUUUAUCACAGAAAUAAAAGAAAGAGGCAAAGGCAACCCAGCGACAGCGACAGUAGCUCAGAGGACAAGAGAGGAAAUGAAGGUAGACAAAAAUGCCAGAAAUGUAAAAGAAAGAAGAAAUUCUAGGGA